AUGCUUUUCAACUUCUCCAUUCGUUGCUGCGCUUCUUCCCGCGGCCAUUUUUUCGUUGCUGCUUCGCUUCGCGUGAAGUAGCGUUUCGUUUAUUCUCCUCGCGGCCAUUUCUUCGUUGCUUCUCCGCCUCGCUCGACGACGUCGGAUUGGAAGUCACAACGGGAGCUAGGUCGCUGCGAAGGUUGACAUUGUAGCUUAUCCUCCUUGAAAAUUUGAACUAGCAAGAGGAAGCCAAGUUAGGUAGAGGGCAUGGCUCAAUUGAUUAAAACUGGCAUCUGGGAUGAAAUUGAUCUUUCAGAAAGGUAUAUGGUCUGUGGCCUUUUUAAUGAAGCUUGUUCCCUUGCUUCGUCUCAAAUUCAAAAUUUGAGGACUUCCUUUGAACCAAUACCUGAGAUUGAAUUGUCUGGAAUGAUGGAAUCAGCUGGAAUGGUGUUUGUUCAGUCAUUGAGAGAAUUGGGAAGGACAGCAGAAAUGUUUGCUAAGCUUAAAGUACUAUUUGGUUCAGUGGAAGCAAUACCAAUUCAAGUAUUUCUGACGGGGACCUGCAUGCAAAUAUCUGAAGGAACAACUACAAAUCUUACAAUAAUAUUUGAAGAGUUCUUUAAAAAGUGGAGAUAUGUGGAUAACGAUCAUUAUGUAUUUCCUAAAGAAGACCAAAGUUUUUCUAAAUGUCCAUGGCAAUCGGCUCUGGAUUCAGAAAAGUAUUUAGAAGUUGCUGAAUUAUUUGCCAUGGUUCUCCUUGGCAGGGUUUUAGGCCAGCCUGAACUCGCCAUUUCUUGGAUAGAGAUAUCAGAUUUGCCUGAAGAUAAGCGUCAGGACAUGCUGAGGAGACUGCACUCUAUUUAUCUUGCUGCAAACUCCAGUUCAUCUAUCAGUCCAGCAACUGUUCAAAAUGCAGAGGAAAUUGGUGAAACUUCCUCCCAAGCUGAAGUUCAUGGUAAAUCCACAAACUCAAGUAACCAUAUGAAUGGACAUGGAUCAAAAGUAGCUUCUUCAAAAGUUAUGAAUCCAUCAAUUAAGUUCUUAACACAUCGAAGCAGUCCAUUUUGGUGGUUUUCUACUGUCCGUGUAAAGUUAGGUGGCAUUCAUCUUGUCCUUCCCCGAGGAAGAAUUAUUCUAGUUGGACUAGUUAUGGCGUUUGCUUCCUAUUUUUUUCAGCGGAAAGCUUCAGAACUCAGGAAGUUUGCAUGGAGACAAAUCUUAUUCAUACAAAGGGCUUUGAUCGAUGCUUGGCAGCUUGCAUUCUCUGUUCAGGUGAAUCCAUUGGCUGCUGUACAGCAGAUCUCUGCUGCUCCUAGGAGCAACGGGUGACAACUUGCCCGGAAGGACAUGAUUUCUAAACAAAGGAACUUUUGGAAAUAACCAUCAGUGUUAAUAAAGAAGAUGAAGAAGCAUUGUGUAGGAUCUAAUAUGUUUGAAAUAUUUCUUAUUUGUGAUGAUUGGAUGGUUGAAAUUAAGCCUUGGAUUUCUCUUGGGAUCAGCAUCACUUCUCGAAUUUGAGUUGGCCUUGGGAUUCACAUGAUGGGUUUUUGGGAAUCAUGAUCACGCCUUAAUCUACACGAGUGAACAAUCUCAUGAUUUGUGAUAGUCAUAUAUGAAUUGUUAAGGCAUUGUUCCUCGUGCGAAAGUCUACUCAGCCACAUGCAUAAUAAGGCAUGUCUCAGUUUUCUUGAAUCUCCAUCCUUGGUUUUGUGUCCUAAUGGCCAUGGUUUUUGGGCGGAUUUACAACUUUGAUAUAUCCUCUUAACUAUGAUUUCUGGAAUGCAUGUUAGAAAAAUAUCUUUUGUUUUGGUGAUGUGCGACUUGUUAGAGAAAUUAUUCACUAGAUUUGUCAUAGGACUUUGUUGUUAUAUUUGUGUGAGGUAAGCAAUUUUUUUUUCUUAUGGUUAUAGCUUUGUUUGCUGAGAGUUGUGUCCUCGGAUUUUGGCAAGGCUGAUGAGUGCCUUUUUAUUAUACAUUUGUGGCUUUGAUUUCUAGCGGAUUAGAUCCCAACUCCUUUCUAAUGGAUGUAGUAUUUGUUAAGGAUGGGUGGUUUACUUUGUUAUUCAUUAUAUUGAAGGCUUUUCCGCUUUAUGUUAGAUAUUCUUUUAUUAUAAGUGAUCAAUGCCUACAAUGAAGUUUGAGAUUGAAAAUUUUAAUGUUGAAGAGUUUUAGCCUUUAGAGAAUUAAGAUACAUAUUCUUUUUUUAUCUGCAAGGGUUUUGUGAUCCCACUCAGGGGGUAUUCGAAUAUGUCUGACAAUGGGCGAUGACGCUGAGACCAAGCUAGAUGAAAUUAUCUUUGAAUGAUCCAAUUAUGCUUAAGAGAUGAGAUUAGUGAAAAUAAUUUUGGAGAGGUUAUGACUCAAAUUUAAGUCUUGAUUCAUAACCAAAGAUAUUUUUAACAAAUUUCUUCAAAAUUAGAUAAUCUAUUUACUUGAUAUGAGCUAAUUAAACCUAUUAAUCUCAUCUGAAUUAGUUUAAUUUCAUUAUUUGCGAGUUGGAUAUUAUUAAUGUGGUUGUUGAUGAGAAGAUCAAUAUUUAUUAUAAUUUUUUUCUUCAUCGCCUCUCACAAGCAUUUUGUGAUAUCAUAUUGUAUUUGAGAUAUAUUUAACUUGGAGGAUGUGAAGAAUUACCUUGUGUCAAAAUAUAUCAUUUCUAAGCUUGAGGGUGUAAAAGAAUAAAAAAGGAGGGAAUUUGAUAUGGGAAUUAAGAAGGGUUAUGCCACUAGUCAUAGUAGUUGCAACACUGUUGGCAAGUACAAGAAAAAGAGUUAUUUCUACUACAAGAAUUUAAGGUAUAUCAAGAGAGUUUGUCAUUAUAUUUAAGAGGAAGUAGCAAACAAGUGAGAAAUCAUUUAGUGGGAAACGUUAGUUAGGUAAUAUAAUGGUAUACACAUAUUCUCGCAAUAUUCUUUUAGUGGUUGCAUGACAUAGGGGUUGUUUGGUUGUUUGAAAAAGGAAUGCAAUGUAAAAGAAAUUCAGUGUAAAAAGCAAUACUUUGGAGUUUGUAUGAGCAUAAAAAGAAUGCAUGAGAUUAUUUUUUGGUUUGGUUUGAAGUAAAAUUAAUGCAAUGUCAAGUGGAAAAAGAUAGUUGUUGAUGUCCGACAUUGAAAGAAGUGCAGCCGACGGCGGUCGGCCGGCACAUGGCGGUGGUUAGCGGCGGCAAUUGCAAUGAAUUUUCAGUGUAUUUGGAUUUUAUUCAAAUUGGAGGAAUUCCAAAUGCACAAAAAAUGAACUAGAUGAUGAAUUCCAAAUGCAUCAAAAUUUUACACUGCAUUUAUUUUACUUCAAAUCAAACGCCAAUGUUUUUAAAACCGCUUCGUUUUAAAUAAUUUACACUCUUUUUGGAGGCAACCAAACAAUCCCUUAGAUGCAAUGAUUAGUAGAUAGUUGACUCGUCUUGUCAUGUCUUAUAUUUCUUAGCAAGGCCAUGUUAUUCACUUAUGAGUCAUGUGAUGUUAUGUCUGUACGGGGACACAACUUUGCAUUUAGGAUUUUUGUUUUUAAUAGUGUCAGUUUGAGGCACAUAAUAGUGCGACCAGAUCAUUGGCUGGAGUUAGAUAUGCAUAUGAUCGGAUGUAUAUUUAAAUGCUCUUAGUGAUACAUUGCAUAAGUUUGUGAACAUGCUAAGAUCCUUAAGGUGGAUGGAGUUGAUAGGGCUCUAUUUGUUGUAGGGUACAACUUCAAGUACAGUUGCUUCAAUUUUGUUUUUAUUUGGCAUGGAGCGUCAUGUUUUAGGGAAGAAGAAAAUGGCUAGCUUCUUAGUUACAGGAAAAUGUUUCAAAACAAAUUCAAGUACAAGUAGAUCGAAAGACUUUAGGAUAUGAUCAUCUGGGUCUAUAUUGUCAAGUAAAUUUUCAAUUUUAGUAGAUCUACUUUAGGCUUAUUAAGAUUGUAAGAUGGUCAAUCCUUUGGGAUUUUGGUGCCUUAGUGUGCUUAGGUUGGAUAUGAGUUACAAAGGUGAUCUAGGUUAUUGUCAUAUUAUUGCAUUAAAGGGCAUGAAGUGUUAUGUUUUAACUCAAUAUGAUUAUACUUGGAAUAUUUCUUAUUUAUGAUGAAUGAUCGGAUGGCUGAAGUCGAGCCUUUGAUUUCUCUCAGUUUUAUGGGGCUAUAAUAUCCUUAAUAAAGAUUAAAAUUAACCUUAGGGGGUAUUAGUGCUUGUGUAGCAAGAUAGCAACCAACAAGUUAUUCAUGGAUUUUAUGCAAUGUGUAACGCUGAAGAUGAAACGGACUAACAACUGUUUCCAGUGUUCUUUCUCAAUGGCUGGUUUCUAUAAUAUAUCUAGACCGGUGGGUGAGUACGGUUGGGAACUCCCCAACCUGUGCCAGAUUCCACUCGAGCGGCAGCGCCUCUUAAGUGGGGCUCAAUCAAGUGCGGGUCAGGAGAUUUUUGAGAUGGUUGCCUCUUCUAGGUCAGCCAAGGAUUAGUCACGCAACCAAGCAUUCUUUCGGGGGUGGCAGCAGGUGAAUAUCCCGUUCCAAAAAAAAAAAAUCUAGAUGAGGAGAGCCUUCAAAUGUCUGCACAAUGAACUGGAACAAAUGGUGAUGCUGCAAUGGAAAGGAAAUGAUACCAAAUUACUAGGAAGUUUCAAAAACGCAAUUGCUACAGCUAUUUAGGGGAAAAAAGAUGCAAAAAACUUUUAGAAACGUAAAUACGUUUGUUUUGCAUGAAGAGCAAGAAAGUUGUAUUUAUUAAAUGAAAAUGACACCAAAAAAAGUACUCUAGAAGUUGAGAGUGAGUUUAAUCUGAUGGCCCCCUUCCACAUUAACAUCCUAAAAAAAUGGGCACCAUCACACCCAAAGAAAAAAGAAUUAUGGAACUUUUUCUCAUUUUCAAAGUAGCAUUCUAGAAAAGAUGCUUUGUAAUGAGGCAAAAAUUCAAUAAAUAUGACACUUAGAAUAGCUAAUUGCUGUGAUAUUAAUUAUUAUCCGAUGCUUCAAAGCAUAUCAAUGGAAACUUAACCUAAAUUAUAUUCUUUAGCACAAAAUAAUGACAAUUAUGAUAGAGAAGUGAUGUAGAAUGAAGGGGGUAAUAAAAAUUUAAAUAUCUGAAAUUCAAUUUCAGAUUUUCCUUAAUUAAGGGAUAUGAAUUUGAAAUUCAAAUAAAAUGGAGGGAAGAAUAAAUAGGUGAUUAAUUAUUCCCCUAAUUUGAUUCCUUGAUAAGGAAGGUAAUAAUUAAAAUAAGAGAGAGAUGGGGUCGACCAUAUGGGGAGGGAGGAAAAAUGUCCACAUACAAUGUAUGUGGAUCAUGGCAUUAAAUGUGAUGGGGUAAUUAAAUCUGAAAUUAAUUUCAUAUUUGAGAGAUUUGAAGGGUUUCCUAAAUGAGAAUUGGUUUAAUUAGAAAGCUUUUGGAAUUCAAAUUAUUUUGAUUUUGAAUUCAAAUUCUUUCCAAAUAACAAGAGGCUAAAUAAGGAAAUAACUAAUGGGGAUCUAAUUUGGGAUCUAAUGAGAAGUAAGAGGGAGGCCGGCGGUUGAGGAAGGAUAUAAUGGGUGUAAUUAAUGGGGAGAGGGGAAUUGGGAGGGAAUUUAAAACAACCUAAAUCAUGAUUCUAAAUUAGGAAAAGGGUAAUUAAAUCAAAUCUAAUUUAAAAUCAAAUUAGACUUAAAUUUAGGAACUUUUCUAAUUUAGCUUAGUUAAUUUUAGGAAAGUAUUUGGAAUUCAAAUUUGAAUUUCAAAUAUAUUUAAUUCUUAUCCCAAAUUAGGUAGGCUAAUUUUGGUAGGUAUUAAUGAUGAUUGAAAUCAUCAUUAAGAUGAAAAAAGGGAUGGGGUGGCCGGCGGCUAGAAGGAUGGGAGGAGAUGGGGUGGCCGACUAGGAGGUGGUGGUGGAGUUGUUUAUGGCCGGCGGUUGAUAUGGAUAAAUUUGAGGAGGCUUGUGGCUGUGGAGGGGUUUGUGGGAGAAUCGGCCGGUGGCAAGUGGGGGAUUUUGGUCGGCGGUCAAGGGAGGAGGAGAAAAGGAUUUAGGGAAAGAAAGAUACAACCGUAAGCCUAGAAACAUCCUGCAGCUGACGGGUAAUACGUUGCCCUUCUCCGAGUGACUUCAAGCCACGAGCCCAAACCCAUCCUGCGGCUGGUGGAAACUUCGAUUCCCUCCCAUAGGAAUCUCACUCAAGUUCUCUCCAAAGAACACAAGUGCAAACAAAAUUUUUUUUCUUAGUAAUUCCUCAUUACAUUACACAAGCAAAUGCCUCUAUAUAUAGGUCUAAGAAACUAAAACAAGACAUAUUCCCCUAGGGCUUACAUAGGAUGACCCUCUUAAGUAAGGAUAAAAAAGAAAAAUUCAUAAUAAAAAUAAAAAAUACAAUUAACAAAUUAAGAUAAUGUGGAAUGAUCUCGGCCGUCGAUCAUCGUCUCCUCUGAAAAUCUUCAUGAUCGGAUGUCCGCAUCAAGAAGAAGAUACCCCAAUAAAGCGAAAACAAAGAGAACGACCAUUUACCCAAAACAAUACUCCAGUUACAUUUUGACCAUAUUACGGGGCAAUGCUUAUAGCUUGUUGCAAUGAAGCUGCUGCUACGGCCUGCGCAUAAGCGUACGGCGCAGUGUGCUGAUGCGGCUGAUAAGCACCAUAUGGCAUAGCUAGACUGUCCAAUCCACUUUCCACAGCAUACUACUCUGCAGCCUGGGCGAUGCAGUAGGCAAAUAUGAGAGUAGAUGAAUAUGGAUCUUCGUGCCUUAUAAUUGGAUACGGGUAAGGACUGAGGUUGGUGGAAGAAUAGUAGGCCGAGUGCGGCUGCUCAUCUACACUCAGCCUAAUAUUCCUCCGCCAACUACAAUCCUUACCCUAAUCCUACUAUAAAAGACACGAGGAUCCGUAUACUCGCCUACUCGUCUUUCGGUGGGUCCUGGGGUUGUGGCUGUUCGAGUGUUUGAGACGCAACGUAGAGAUGAUGGCUAUUUGGAAUCCCCAAAUCCAUGAGAUCGAAUGGGCUGGUUCGAAGGUCUUCUGCCAUCGCACUCUCGGAUUUGGGGAAGAAGAAAAAAAUGGCUUUAGCCGGAGAGAUGGAUGAAGAAAAUAUGAACAAGAAGAUGAAGUGCAGGUUUCAGUUCAUGAGUGGCUUCCAACGAUGAUCCAUGCAGCAGAGCAGAAUGUUUAUCAUCAGCGGUGGAGAUGUAGUGAUGGGAUCGCCUUAACUGGAGGACACGACCUACUCCGCGAUGAAUUAUUCCAUGCGGACACUAGAAGGAAAGAAUCGUCUGGUUUGUCUAUGUGAACAUGUGCUUUUAAUAUUCACAGAAACAAAACCGGACGGUUCUUCCCAUCCGAAGUCCGCACACCGCAGAGACUAAUCUCUCCUACUUUACUCACUACUCAUGUUCAUUUCACUACCUUUUUACUUUAUUCCUUUUCUAUUAUAACAAGUACUUUUUCUUUUUCUUAGUUGCUUUGCUUGAUAUAGUAACACCU